CAAAUUUCAAACCGCUUUCAGUAGUCGACCGUUGGAGUGAGAGAGUCCUUCCAUUUCUUUUCUGUGUAAACUUCAAGACAAAAACCAAACAAGAUAACAAGAUAGCUUAAUCCUUUACAAAAGUACAGUUUUGGAUUGUUAAAUUAUAAACCGCAAUCUCUUUGAAAGAGUGAAUCCAAAAGGAAGAUUGUCUAACAAAGAAAACAAUGAGGCGCCAUGGCUGGCAACGCCCUCUCCACCCUUUGCAGAUAGUGGGAAUGGCAAUUUACAGUUUCCUCGUCGUUUCCUUUUAUACAUUUCUCGGGCUCUUUCUUGGAAACAGAACUGCUGAAAUCACAGCCACGACAAUAUUUUCGUUUGUGGCAGUUUCAGUUGUGUUCUUAUUUAUUAGAUGCACAGCCAUCGACCCAACUGAUAAAACCAGCUUUAGGAAGAAGAAGAAAGCUAAAUCCAAUAAGUUUAAUUAUGGGUUUAUCUUGAGUCAAAUAGUUGUUAGGUUUUUUAGAAGGCUGGAGAGGAAAAUUCUCAGGAGUUUUAUAAGAAGAAACUACUUGGAUCCACUGAAGACCACAGCUCAAAUGGAACCAUUACUUCCAUUUCCCCUUGUCUUCAAGGAUGAUUCAAUUUCACCUGAUCCUAAGGACGAUGAAAUCUCUUAUUGCUCACUAUGUGAUUUUGAGGUGAAGAAGCAUAGCAAGCACUGUAGGACCUGCAACCGGUGUGUCGAGGGGUUUGAUCAUCAUUGUAGGUGGUUGAACAAUUGUGUUGGCAAAAGGAACUACACAACAUUCAUUCUUUUAAUGCUAUGUGUCUUGUUAAUGUUAAUCAUAGAAGGGGGAACUGCAAUUGCCAUAUUCAUCAGGUGCUUUGCAGAUAAGACAGGUAUAGAGAGCGAACUGCUGAGGAAACUACAUGUGCACUUCCCGAGAUGGGCUCUUGCCACAAUAUCGGUUUUGUUGGUUUUAAUGACUGCUUAUGGUUCAGCUGCCAUGGGACAACUUUUCUUCUUUCAUGUUGUUCUCAUUCGGAAGGGAAUGAGGACUUAUGACUAUAUCUUGGCUAUGAAAGAGGAGAAUCAAUCAAUGGAAUUAGAUCCUUUUGAUGACUCAGAUUUCUCUUCAGACUCUGAUUUUGACUCUCCUGAAAAGCCAUCAUUUGUUUCGCGGUUUAUAUGCAGAGGACAUAAAGGAAAUCUGAACCAAACAAGGCUUUCGAUUAGGAUUGAUAAAGAUCCCGAGCCUUCAACCUUAAACAAGAAACAAGGCUUCUAUGUAAGUAUCAAUCCGUGGAAGUUGAUAAAGCUAAGCAGAGAGAAAGCUCUACUAGCAGCUGAAAAGGCAAAAGAAAGGCUCAGGAAACAAAUACCAAUAGUGCAACAAGAUUCAUUAAAGCCAUUACCUUUGGAGACAAAAUGUGGACCUUUGAUGAACCCAGAUAAGAACAUAAGCAGUGCAGGAGCAGGCUCAACACCUCUUAUUUCCAAAGGGACAGGUUCGCCAGGAACAUUUUCAAGUCCAAGAAGGCGAUUUUCUGGCAUUGCUCCAUCGCCAAAACAGAAGUACAGAAAUAGUUUUGACUUGAAGCUGACUGAGGUCUCCAAGGAGCUUGAAACCUACAUUUCAAAGCAGGUUUUAUGUUCUGUUAUAAGGAAGGAUGCUUAUGAGGCAUCUCCUAGAUAAAUUAUUAUGCUCGAGUUUGAAAUUCUCAGCCUUUGAGAAAAAAUUCAUUGAUUGAUUUGAGGGUGCAUUCUGGCCAAGUUUGCAUUUUUUGUUCUUUCCUAAUGAAAUUUCAACUAACACUUGUAUGUUUGACCUUUUAUACAAAUUUAAAUUAAUUACCGAUCAUUCAAUUCAAA